GUAAUUAAAUACACACAGUAGUUUAGCGUGUGGAUCUAGCGUUUUCCUGCUGUCCUCUCUCCCUCUCUCUUUUUAAACACAAUCGGCAGAAUCGCACCGUUUUGGAGGCUUUUAUUAAAAAGGGUCAUCAUGAGUGAAGAGGAGCUCUUCGUGAACAUCGAUCUCAACGACGACAAUGUCUGCAGUAUCUGUAAAGUGGAAACGGACGCGGGCACGCUGUCCUUCUGUCACGUGUGCUUCGAGCUCAGUAUUGAGGGCAUGACGAGGUCGACACUCCUGCACUCCAAGUCUUCCAGAGGUCACAGAGACUGCUUUGAAAAGUACCACCUGAUAGCCAACCAGAAACUCUCGCGAGCCAAAGUCUCCACAAGCACCUACGAAGGAGUGAAAAAUGUCCUGAGCCAAAAAAUCAACUGGAUCAUUCAGUACGCGCAGAACAAAGACUGUGCGGAGGAAGCGGGGGCUCGCCGGGGCUCCAGGCAGCUCCUCUGCUACACUCAGCAGGGAGACAGGACGCUCGUCCCCCAGGCCGAGGCCCCCGUGCCACGCUACGCUCCUCGCUGGGACAGGGGCUCUGGGGCGGGGCUCCCGGACUACACCACAGCCAUGCUGGAGUGCAGCUCCACCAGCGGCCUGAGGCUCAGCGGACCGGCGGGCCAGGGGUCCUCGCUGUGCUCCGGAAGUGUUCUAUGGGCCAGUCAGGCUGAGAAGCGGCCUGGCGACGCCAGAGACUCUGUGCAGAGGAGACACAAACACCAUGGCAGAGAGCAGCUCAGCACAAUGAGUGUUGAAGAGCUGGUGCAGCUGAAUGAAAAGCUUCUACGACAGAUUCAGGUGGUGUUCGAGGAGCUCACUCAGGCAGUACAAGACAAAGAUUCUCUGUCCUCGGAGCUCCACGUGAGACACAUUGCCAUCGAGCAGCUGUUCAAGAACGGCUCCAAGCUGCCAUGGCUUCCCAUCGGGAGAGCUGGGAUCAAGAGCAGUAGCACCACAGUGGAAUAGGGGCAGAGUCCAUCUCUGUGGGGAGCCCCGCGUUCCUGAUGCUAAUGGAUGCCAAUGGGAGUGAAAUGGUCAAUGUGCACCUCUUCCAGCUCCGUGAGACACACCCACCCCACCCAGCGCUUUCAUCCCUGAGAUAAUAAACAGUGUGCAGUGUGGCUGAGGGGAUUGCAACCCCUCCCCUCCUCUGACCCUGACUCAACAUAGGAAAAGGGCAGACGUGUUGAAAGUGAAUGUUGCAGAGUGGGUGGGAGCGGGGCGGUGUGUUCCUCAAGCCAGUGCUGGGUAUCGACGGAUCAACAAACACCAGAGAUAAACAGGCUGCUGUUGGGUCUCCGUGCUGAACACACGUUGAUGUGAUGCCAGCGCUUACUGCCACAGGAUACCCUGUUCAAGGACUCGCCGGUCUGUUCCCCAACGAUGCUCCGUGCUGGCUGGGCGACCCCGCCCCCCCCCCCCCCCCGUGCAGUGAAAUGAAAACGACGUGCUGGCCUGGGUCAGGUUUCAAGGGUGAACUUUGACUCCUGAAGACAGACGGGGCUCUUCUCCCAAUGCUGGGGGUUUGGGAUUUGAAUGAAGAGGAGGUCUGGAACCCGUUCAUUUUAAAAGUGCAGGAAAAACAUGUACCAAUGAAUCUGCAAAGAGACGUGGAGGACAUGUGCUUGAACUCUUUACAGGAUUGACAUGCGAGGAGAGUUGAGGUCUCUGCAGCUCCGUGUGUGUGUGUGUGUGAGUGUUUUACAUUACACUGUAGAUUGUUACUCCUUUCAGCCUACUGCAGUGUUUUUUUUUUCUUUUUCUUUUAAGAAUUCAGUUAUUUGAAGUUGUGUGUUUUUAAUAUAUUUUUUUCUUCACUGUUUGGUCUUGUAGUUGCCAGAAACAGUAUUACAACUUUCAACUUUAAACACAGCCAGGAUUCGUAUUUUAAGUUGUAUCGGUAUCUGCAAAAGUUAUUUCUUUAGUUUUUAUUAUUAUCGUUGUUUUUUGUGCUGUUGUAUCUAAGCGCUGCAAACUCCAUUUGUCAAGCUAGUUAGAUCUAAAAUAUUUUCAAUAAUUGUAUUUUUUACUCUUUUUUUUUUUUUUUUUUCAUACUCCAAAUUGGUCUCGGUCUUAUGGAAGCCCAUUCCACCACCCGAAAGAAAAAAACCUCCAAGUCAGAAUUCCGACCUGAGCCAAUCCGAGUUCUGAGAAUCUACCCGGAAUUCUGAUUCUUUUUUUUUUUUUGGUGGCAGAAUGAGCUUCCGGAAGAUCUAACCCACUCCCAGUUUACAUUGAGCUUCUUAUACCACAGAGUACAAGAUGCACUAGAUAAACAAGCACGUGCUCAUGCCUGCUGGCUGCUGUGGAUCGUAACCACGGAGACCUCUGUCUCUGGAACCCUGAUGCCUGGACCGUGUUCUGUUCAAAUAGUACUUCAUAUCCCCUCUGAACCUGCGCAAUGAUAGUUACUGCUGGAUCUGCUUUGGGGCCAUGCUGAGUGUCUGUGUUUGUGUUUGUGUUGUAUUACUGUAUUGGAAACAGUAAUGUAUAAUGUUUAAGAACACGUAUCAUUAUAUGAUGAUGAUAAACUGAAAUAGAUUCUGCUAAUUCCCAGGGUCUGAAGCAUUCCUUUUAAUAUGGACAAUCCCAUGGGGAUUGAUCCAGCGCUGCUGCUGUACACACCCGUCACACUUGCAUGUCUUCAAUGUUUCUCCUCCUCCUCCUCCUCCUCCUCUGUGGGGAUUGAUACAGCAUUGCUGCUGUACACACCCGUUAAUGUAUCUGGAGGACUGGUCAUUCAUUAGUGCUCAAACUUUGUACGGGUGUCCAUUAGGACAUGUUCUAGAGAAUAUCCCAAUCUAGUAUAGAAAUGUUUCUGUACAGCUUCAAUUUAACCAAAAUAAGGUACAGCCACCAAAAAGGGUUUUAUUUGUAUUAAAUUAUAUAUGUACUUUUUUUAAAUUAUUAUUAUUAAUAUACUUUGAAUGCUGGAUUUCAGCUGUCCUAUUUGUAUUUGUGCUGUGACUGGUUGUGUGUGUGGGAUUGGAGCGUUGUUUCUCACUGUGCUGUGACUGGUUGUGUGUGGGGGAUUGGAGCGUUGUUUCUCACUGUGCUGUGACUGGUUGUGUGUGGGGGAUUGGAGCGUUGUUUCUCACUGUGCUGUGACUGGUUGUGUGUGUGUGGGAUUGGAGCGUUGUUUCUCACUGUACUGUGACUGGUUGUGUGUGUGGGAUUGGAGCGUUGUUUCUCACUGUGCUGUGACUGGUUGUGUGUGUGGGAUUGGAGCGUUGUUUCUCGCUGUACUGUGACUGGUUGUGUGUGUGUGGGAUUGGAGCGUUGUUUCUCACUGUGCUGUGACUGGUUGUGUGUGUGGGAUUGGAGCGUUGUUUCUCACUGUGCUGUGACUGGUUGUGUGUGGGGGAUUGGAGCGUUGUUUCUCACUGUGCUGUGACUGGUUGUGUGUGGGGGAUUGGAGCGUUGUUUCUCACUGUGCUGUGACUGGUUGUGUGUGUGGGAUUGGAGCGUUGUUUCUCACUGUGCUGUGACUGGUUGUGUGUGUGGGAUUGGAGCGUUGUUUCUCACUGUGCUGUGACUGGUUGUGUGUGUGGGGGAUUGGAGCGUUGUUUCUCACUGUGCUGUGACUGGUUGUGUGUGUGGGAUUGGAGCGUUGUUUCUCACUGUGCUGUGACUGGUUGUGUGUGUGGGAUUGGAGCGUUGUUUCUCACUGUGCUGUGACUGGUUGUGUGUGUGUGGGAUUGGAGCGUUGUUUCUCACUGUGCUGUGACUGGUUGUGUGUGUGGGAUUGGAGCGUUGUUUCUCACUGUGCUUUGACUGGGUGUGUGUGUGGGAUUGGAGCGUUGUUUCUCACUGUGCUGUGACUGGUUGUGUGUGUGUGGGAUUGGAGCGUUGUUUCUCACUGUGCUGUGACUGGUUGUGUGUGGGAUUGGAGCGUUGUUUCUCACUGUGCUUUGUUGUUAACUCUGUUCAGCUGUUUCUCUUUGUUACUUUGACAGGCUUGUUGAUUCAGCGUUGCUGUUUAAAAACCCUUCGCUGCCACACAGUGUGAAUUUGCUACCUGUGUGAGUUCACUGCUAUGUGACCACAGGCCCUGUUCACUAUUCCUCUCUUUAUAAGAGAUAGGUAUGUAACCCUUUUAGGGUGUGGUGAUGAAAUGCUUGAUUCAUUCCAGCGCGAGAGAGAGAAGCAGGACUCUUGUUGCACAGCAGUUUGAACCAUUUCAGGUUUUUCUAUGAACUUAAUUCAGCUCUAUUCAGCUUGUUACCGACAGUAUAUCAGCUCACAGUAAAACCUGCACUGUCCUGCAUUGGGAGUGUGUGUGUGUGCUCCCUCUCCUUGGUGUAUGGUGAUACAGUAUAUCAGCUCACAGUAAAACCUGCACUGUCCUGCAUUGGGAGUGUGUGCGCUCCCUCUCCUUGGUGUAUGGUGAUACAGUAUAUCAGCUCACUGUAAGUAUCGGUACAGAAAUGAUGUUUUGUGUGAGAGAAAAAAAGUGAUUUUAAAACAUCCUUCAGUCCAGGGCAACGUGGUUAAGAUUUACAACGACUGUCCAACCUCGCUAUGAUUGGACAGGGAAAGUUAGCCUCGGCGUGUGUGCGUGUGCGUGUGCGUGUGCGUGUGCGUGCGUGUGUGUGUGUGUGUGUGCGUGUGCGUGUGUGUGUGUGUGUGUGUGUGUUCUGAUUUGUAUUUUUUAUUGUAUUCUGUACUUCAUUAAGCUGGUUGAGCUUUGCCUUGCUACAGUUUUUGAAAUGAAACCUGCAAUAAUAAUCGUUGUGCGACAACCAAUGACAAAUAAAAAUAAAUAUUUUUACUCAA